UUUCACCCGGACGCGUUUAGACGGCGCACCCAUUCGGAUACACAAGUUACCGCUUCUCUACAGGAGGGAAAUAUGGCAGCGCAGGUGGCAGCCACGAAAGUUCCGGAGGUGCGAGACAUAACACGGAUAGAGAGGAUUGGUGCACACUCUCACAUUCGUGGUCUUGGUUUGGACGAUGCCUUGGAACCACGACAGGUGUCCCAGGGGAUGGUGGGACAGUUGGCGCCACGUAGAGCAGCAGGGCUGGUUUUGGAAAUGAUCAAAGAUGGUCAAAUUGCUGGUCGUGCGGUGCUAAUUGCUGGGCAACCUGGUACAGGCAAGACGGCUAUUGCCAUGGGUAUUGCGCAAUCUCUCGGCCCUGACACACCAUUUACUGCUCUUGCCGGGAGUGAGAUCUUCUCUUUGGAGAUGAGCAAGACAGAAGCUCUGAGCCAGGCCUUCCGCAAAGCCAUCGGAGUCAGGAUUAAAGAGGAGACCGAGAUUAUUGAAGGAGAGGUGGUGGAGAUUCAGAUUGACAGACCUGCCACAGGAACAGGUGCAAAAGUAGGCAAGCUCACACUGAAGACAACAGAGAUGGAGACCAUCUAUGACCUGGGGAACAAAAUGAUCGAGAGCCUCAGUAAAGAGAGAGUACAAGCUGGUGAUGUGAUCACCAUUGAUAAAGCAACAGGGAAGAUUAGCAAACUGGGCCGGUCUUUUACCCGAGCAAGAGAUUAUGAUGCCAUGGGGUCACAGACACAGUUUGUGCAGUGUCCAGAGGGCGAACUGCAGAAACGAAAGGAGGUGGUUCACACCGUCUCCCUUCAUGAAAUUGACGUCAUCAAUAGCCGCACUCAGGGAUUUCUGGCCUUAUUUUCAGGUGAUACAGGAGAAAUUAAGUCGGAGGUCCGAGAGCAGAUCAAUGCUAAAGUAUCCGAGUGGAGAGAGGAAGGCAAAGCAGAGAUCAUUCCUGGGGUUCUCUUUAUAGAUGAGGUCCACAUGUUAGACAUCGAAUGCUUUUCAUUUCUCAAUCGAGCUUUGGAGAGUGACCUCUCACCUGUGCUCAUCAUGGCCACUAACAGAGGAAUCACUCGGAUUAGAGGCACCAACUACCAGAGUCCUCAUGGAAUACCCAUAGACAUGCUUGACCGUCUGCUGAUCAUCGCUACAUCUCCCUACACUGAGAAAGAGACCAGACAGAUACUAAAAAUUCGUUGUGAAGAAGAGGAUGUUGAGCUCAGCGAGGAGGCACAUACAGUUUUAACACGUAUUGGACAGGAAACUUCACUGCGUUAUGCCAUCCAGCUCAUCAGCACUGCAGGCCUGGUGUGCCGCAAACGCCGGGGCACGGAAGUCCAAGUUGAAGACAUUAAAAGAGUCUACUCCCUCUUCCUGGAUGAAUCCCGAUCUUCACAGUAUAUGAAAGAGUAUCAGGACUCCUUCCUUUUCAAUGAAACACAAUCUACUCAGAUGGACACCGCAUAAUGGGAUGAAGUGUGAAGAGGAAUAUUCAGUCAUCGCUCCUGUGAAGUUUAUUUUUUUUACUUUGUUCCCGCACCCUCCUUGUGGAGCCAUCUUAUAACUGUUCAGUCACUUAAGUGUACUUGCGCACUCUUUUGUCUUUCACCUCAUUUUGCUACUUGGUAUUACUUAAUUUUAUAUGUUGUGCAUUGAAUUUAAAAAAGUCUUUGGGUGUAAAGCAUGGCAACCAAAAGAUGAAAUAAAACAAACAGAACAAA